CCACUUGCACGUCACUUCAAAUGUUAAACGGUUUUUAUUGGAAACUAUUUUUGUACUGCGCUCUAGCGUAACGAAUAAUUUAGCUAAUGAAAAACAAACAAUCUGACCGUUAACGCACUCGCGUGGUAUAAUUCAUGUGCAAGUAUAAUAACUUUGUAAUUUUUGUGUAAUAUUCUAUAACUUGAUUACCGAGACAAUGGAUCUGGAUAGAUCGGGACUGAGUACAGACGAGUAUUACAUGACCGCACUGCAAAUAUUUGAUUAUUGUGGCACUGAAAGUACGGGCACGUUGCGUGUUGAUGCUCUAAUGGACAAAUUCGCACCUUUCGUGAAAACUAACAAGGCUGAGUAUAGCUUCUUGAAGUCUCUAUUGGACCCUGAAGAGGAGAAUGCGGCUAUUGAUGUGUCCUUGUUAGCAAAAACCCUUCAGAAGUACAGCGAGAGUCAGAAGUCUAAGGCUGACCUGGAUGAAAGUUUCAAUCUAAAGAGUGGAGCUCCGCAUGAUUCUGACUCUGGCAUAUCUUCAGAUGGCUUCCAGCUGCUGGAGGAGUUACAGUGCGAGCUGAGGGAGAAGGCGCAUCUGGCGCAGCAGCUGCGCUCGCAGCUGGACUUCACGGACCGCCAGCACGAGGAGGCGCUCGCCGCGCUCACCGACGAGCGGGACUCGCUGCGGGGACAUCUCAACAUGUUGCGUGAAGAGAACCUGAGCCUGAGCCACCUGCGGCGUGACUACGAGGAGGUGUGCGAGCGGCUCGGCGCCAGCGACCGCGCGCUGGACGACGCGCGCCGCGAGCUCGACACGCUGCGCCGCCGCGCCAAGGUCAUGGUGGAGCAGGUGGCCACGCUCGAGAACGAGAAACUGACCCUGCAAGAGCUACUAACAAAGUCGAAGGCGGAAUGUCACCGCAUCAACGAGAUGUACGCGACCCGCCAGUCGGCGCUGCUGGAGCAGAACGAGGCCCUCCGCGCUGAGCACGCGGACCUGGCCUCGCGGCUGCAGGACCAGGACGAGUUCGUGCAGCAGAUGAUCAAGGAGAAGGUUCUACUGGAGAUGGAGCUGAAGGACAUGUUGAACAAGUCUAAUCAGACGCAGCUGCGCAUGGACCGCAGCAUCGACAUCAGCUACACCGACGACCAGGUGCUCUCCGCGCUCGACAGCCUCAAUGCAGACACCAGGUUCUGUUCAGAAAACCGUAUUCUUGACGAAGAGUCUUUCAUAAAUACCUUAAAAGAAGACCAAGGGAGAGGAACAAACGUCUCGUUGUUUGACGAGAUACGAUUCAGUCUGUCCCGAGUUAACAUCACGGAAUCCAACAGCUUAAUAUUUGACAAAGUACUAGAUACUUCAUUCAUAACUGUCGGGACACAAACUGACGAAUUUAAACCUUAUGACGAAGAGAACAAAGAUCUAAUUAAAAGUAUUAGUACGUUAGGCACUCAAACGGAUGAGACAGAAUCGAUUAAUAAUAAUAAUUGUAAUUCGAAAUGCCUCGAAUGUGAGAAGUUGAGUCGAUAUACGACAAAGUUGGAGAGAGAUAUGAACUUGUCGCAUCGCACUGUCACAGACAUGCAAGUUGAGAUCGAACAAUAUGAGAGUAACUUGAACAUCCUCGAGAAGUUUGUUGAAGAGGGCAAUGAGAGGAACAGUGUGUUGCAAUCCAUUAUAAAGAGCUUGGAGUCUAAGAUCGGUUUGCUAGAAGUGGCUUGCGCUAAACAGACAGAACGCCUUGACAGUCUGGCGCCAGACAAUGACGCUUCCAUUCAAACCAAAUGGGAUCAAGCGAAUGUAUCGACACAAGUGGAUGUGGCGUGUCCGGACUGCGAGAAACGGAACGCAGUUGUCCCGCACCGUAGUCUCAGGAAGUUUUUCUGGGACGCGCUGAAGUGCCUGUUCCAAGUGUUCGCGGUGCUGUGCUUCGUGUGCGCGCUGCGCGCGGCGGCGGGCGUGACGGCGGGCGCGGCGCGCGCGUGCCCCGGCGCCGCGCGCGCGCUGCCCUGGCGCUGGCUGCACGCCGCCGACCUCGUGGACCUGCUGCUGCGGGUAGACUACGCGGCCGACGUGCCCAUGUGAGCGGAACACAGGGUCAGCGGUCCUAACUUAUCAGUGACGGCAGCUAAGUCCAAAUUUUGCGUGUGCCCCCUCGGCUUCGAUCUGUGUUCCACUCAUUUUCAGAGGAUGUGAAAUAGUGUUAGUGUUUAAAGUGCCUUAGGAUUUGGACUACAAAUUGUCUUGUAACUUUUAUCCAGACUUGAAUAAUUUUAUUGUAUAAAAUAAAGAUUUUUUUAUUUCUCUUUUUCUAAUAUGUUGUUACAGUUAUUCCGACUCACAAUGUCUCAGUAGCAUAGUUACGGCAAUUUGAUAAAAUUCAAAAUUUAGUCCAAACCAAAUCAUCCGUAU